UCGUCGCGUGCGCGGUUGACAUGCUUCCCACUAUCGCCGCAGUAGGAGCACCAGUAGCAGAAGCAGCAGCUCCACGAGGAGCCAGAAGAACCAGAAGAAGGAGCAGUAGUAGAAGGGGAAUGGAGUAAGUUGGCUAUGUUUAUCCAUUCCAUUCGCAGCAAGAGAGAGGGAGAAAGAGAGAUAGAGAGAGCAGAAUAACAAUAACGACGCUGUGACCAUGAGCUUGCCAUCGUCGGACUUGGGAUCCGGAUUUGAAUGCACGGGGGGCGAUUUCCUUCUCUUUUCACGGGUGUUUAGAGCGAGAGAGUGACUGAGAGUGCUAGAUUCCCGACGUGUGUUAGAUCUGGAGUGUCGGUUUGCGUUGAGGGGAUUAGAUUUGGGGUUUUUUCGGUUUAGUGUUGUUGUUGUUGUUGUUGUUCAGAUGUGAGUCGCGGGAUGUGUGAAUUUUUGGGAGAGUAGGGUAUUUUGGGGAUUGUGGGUUUAUGUGGUGUGGUGAGAGACUUGGGUUUCGUGAUUCUUGAGAGGGUUUGAGAUGGGGGUGAGUUGGAUUGGAGCGUUGAUAGUCAUGAGAAAUGAAUGAGGCUGUGGGGAAGGUUGCGACCGUUGUCGGUGAGGGAGGAUUCGGAGCCGCGGGUAGGACUGUGACAGUUGAGCCAUCGACGGCGCUAGGUUGCGAGUGGUAGAGAUCAGGCGCAUUGUCUCAUUAUUUCUCAGUGAGGAGGGAGAAUCUACGCGCAGCAGACCACCAUGGCGCCAUCGCCGAUCCAGGAGGCUCCCACAAGAGAGGCGGAGCGUGUCUCAGUGCACGUAUCCCCCCGGCGUCGUCUUCCUGACUUCUUGCAAUCUGUGAAUCUCAAGUAUGUGAAGCUCGGAUACCAUUACUUGAUCACGCACUUACUCACGCUCCUCUUCAUCCCGCUUCUGUUGGCCAUCCUCCUGGAAGCCGGCCGUAUGGGCCCUGAAGACUUGUGGCAGCUCUGGGAGAAUCUGCAGUUCAAUUUGGUUAGUGUGAUUGCAUGCUCUGCCCUCUUGGUGUUUGUGGGAACUGUCUACUUCAUGUCGCGCCCCAGGCCCAUCUUUCUCGUGGACUUUGCAUGCUAUCUCCCGGACGAGAAGUUACAAGUCUCGGUCCCGUUGUUCAUGGAGCGCACACGGCUCGCGGGGUUCUUCGACGAGAAGAGCAUGGAGUUUCAGGAGAAGAUUUUGGAGAGGUCGGGUCUUGGUGCCAAGACUUACCUACCCGCGGCGAUGCACUCCCUGCCUCCUUGCCCGAGCAUGAAAGCAGCUCGAGAGGAGGCCGAGCAGGUCAUGUUCGGGUGCCUCGACGAACUUUUCGAGAAGACGAAGAUCAAACCUAAAGAUGUUGGUGUCCUCGUCGUGAACUGUUCUCUCUUCAACCCCACGCCUUCCCUCUCCGCCAUGAUCGUGAACAAGUACCACAUGCGUGGCAACAUCCGUACCUACAAUCUAGGCGGAAUGGGAUGCAGCGCAGGCGUGAUUGCGAUCGACCUUGCCAGAGACAUGCUCCAAGUGCACGGCAACACCUACGCCAUUGUUGUGAGUACCGAAAACAUCACACAGAACUGGUACUUCGGCAACCGGAGAUCCAUGCUCAUCCCUAAUUGCUUGUUCCGCGUCGGUGGGGCCGCGAUCUUGCUAUCUAACAAGCGGAGAGAUGGCUCCCGGUCCAAGUACCAGCUCAACCACGUCGUGAGGACCCACAAGGGCGCUGAUGACAAGUGCUACAAUUGCGUUUACCAAGAGCAGGACGAGCAGGGCAACAUGGGUGUCUCCCUCUCCAAGGACCUCAUGGCAAUAGCUGGAGAGACUUUGAAAGCCAACAUCACCACGCUAGGCCCGCUCGUGCUUCCUCUCUCCGAACAGCUGCUCUUUUUCAGCACCCUCGUCGCUCGGAAAGUCUUCAACAUGAAGGUCAAGCCUUAUAUUCCUGAUUUCAAGCUGGCCUUCGACCACUUCUGCAUCCACGCCGGCGGGAGGGCCGUGAUCGACGAGCUUGAGAAGAACCUGCAACUCACUCCCGGACACUGUGAGCCGUCACGAAUGACCCUCCACAGAUUUGGUAAUACGUCUUCCUCUUCGAUCUGGUACGAGCUUGCAUACAUGGAGGCCAAGGGGCGCAUGCGGCGAGGCAACCGAGUGUGGCAAAUUGCCUUUGGGAGCGGGUUUAAGUGCAAUAGCGCUGUCUGGCAGGCAUUGCGAAACAUCAAGCCCUCGGAGAAGUCGCCGUGGGCUCAUUGUAUCGAUGAGUACCCUCAACAUGUGGACGAUAUUCAAAAAGUUAGUUAAGAGCUCGAUUGUUUUGAAACGGGUGACAUUUUAUUGGCAACAAACCUUGGUUGUGAUGGAGCUGUGAAGGCUGUGAAUUGGCCUUCUGGAGUUGUCUCCGAUUGUUUGCAAGAACCUGUUUGCGACUUCGACCUGGAUCUCGUCGUUCAAGAAGCUACAAGCUCACUGAUCAGGCCAGAGUAGACAUGUUUGAACAACGCCUGCGUGGCUUUGUUGUUGCGAUUAUAAAAGGGAACGAAGCACUUGCCAUGACCUUUCACAUUGAUCAUAUAAUGACUGUCUGCGGCAACUAAUUGUGCUUCUAUUCAUGAUCAGCUUUGCUGCAUAAGAAACUGCGGUGCGAAGUACCACAUUUCUACACGGGUUGUCAGUUUGCAUUUCUGACCCUCUCGCUUUGAAUUGGAGUCGGACUCUGAAUCUUCCUCAAUUAGUUUCAUGCAAGUCUGGACAUUGCUACCAACACAGAUAACUAAAAAGAGAUGUUUAUUACAAAAAUCAACACCCUGUGUGGAUGUGAUCUAGAUGUGCUUCAAGCAGAAUAACAUACACCUCUCGGAGGAAUGACUCGAGAUUUGGUACAUCUGCUUCUGAUACCAAGUUCUAAAGCCAAUGUGAUGUAGAAUACUGAAGAAUAUCAUUGCCUGUGAAACCUUCCGCA